CCCUGCGAGAGGCAGCAAUGUGCCACAAGUUGCUUGCAUGUAGACUGCCAAAAGUAGCAGAAGAAGACAUCGAUUCUUUCGUAAUUUUACCAAGUUUACAUCGGGGUGAAUACGUAGCACUAACACCCUACGAACAGCGUUGCAUUAUUAGCUAGAGAUGUCACGUGUGUGCGCCAGCAUCCUUCAAAGAGCUUCAAGCUACACUUCGACACUUUCUUGUACUGCCCCAUUCCAGUACACCCACUUCGUAGGAUUUCCCUCAUCUCAGCCUCGAGCAGCCCACCAAUGUCACUUCUCAUCCUGGGGUAACGUUACCUCCAGAUCAGUGUUGUGCUUCACUGGUGAGGAGUCUGGAAGUUGGUCUCAAAGUGGGCGGCACCUCUCAACUCAUCAGGACCUUGACUUCCAGCUCAGCCGGGUCCAAAUCAACAGUAUUCUGCGAUCUAAUGAGCAGACAGUGAGUGUGCCAGAGUUUGAUGGCAGGGGACUCAGUGCUGUGAAAAAGUUUGAGAGCAACCAGUUGGCUGCUAACACACCUAAUGAGGAUCGUCGUAGUGCAGCCACCUGCUUACAGUCAAAGGGCAUGCUCUUUGGAGUAUUUGAUGGCCAUGGGGGCUGGGCAUGUGCCCAGGCUGUCAGUGAGCGUCUGCUGUACUACACUGCAGUUGCAAUGAUGUCAAAGCAGAUCCUGGAGGAGCUUGAGAAAUGCAUGGAGCAUGGCAGAGCUGUUCCUCCCAUCUUGCAGUGGUACAAACACCAUACAGACUUUAACUAUCGUGAAUCUGCUUCCCUCUACGUUGACCACCUGAGAGUCUUCUGGCAAGAAUUACUGGACACUGAGGAACAUGGUGAAGGCAUGAGUCCUCUGGAUGCUCUGGACUGUUCGUUUAAACGGCUCGACGCUGACAUCUCCUUGGAGGCUCAAGUCCCCUUUUCCAAUGAUCUGAUGAAAAGCACAGCCAUCCAGGUUGCUUUUGCUGGGUGCACUGCCUGCGUGGCUCAUGUUGGCACAGACAGGAUCCACGUGGCGAAUUCCGGUGACUGCCGAGCAGUAGUGGGGGUGCUGGAGGAGGACGGUUCGUGGAGCGCUUUGCCCCUUUCCCAAGACCACAACUCACAGAACCAGGCUGAGAUGGAGCGGAUCAAGGCCCAGCACCCGCCCUCAGAGAGAGACACAGUGGUCACAGAUGACAGACUGCUCGGGGUUCUGAUGCCCCUCCGUGCGUUUGGUGAUGUAAGAUUCAAGUGGAGCCAUGAGUUGCAGCAGAGCAUUUUAGCCAGCCUGGAACCUGGAGUCGACUUGGACUCUCUCAACCUGUACCAGUACAGUCCACCUAACUACCUAACUCCACCCUAUCUGGAUGUGGCACCCGACAUAACCUGUCACCAGCUGAGACCUCAGGACCGCUUCCUGAUCCUCGGCACUGACGGGCUGUGGGAUGAACUAGGGAACGAGGAGGCUGUACGACUCGUCGGAGAGCACCUGAGUGGGAUUCACCUACAGGCUCCCGUUUCUCCAUCUGAGAGGCAGAUGAAAUUGGGUCAGAUGCAUGAACUCUUGCUGAAACGCCAGGCCCGUGCCUCCCCCGCUUUAGACACCAACGCUGCUACACACCUCAUCAGACAUGCUCUGGGCACUGGGGAGUAUGGAGAACUGUGCCAGGAGAGGCUGGCCUCUUUGCUCACUUUGCCAGAGGACCUAGCUAGAAUGUACAGGGACGAUAUCACAGUAACUGUGGUCUAUCUGAACUCUGACCUGGCCAGACACAGCUAACAGAAGUUUUUGUUUUUUGUUUUUAUAUUGCUAGACUGUUCAUGUCAUAGUCAACAUUUCCUCCAGGCUGUCAUUUUCUGGAUAUUUUGGGACAAAAAGGAUGAUCAUUACAACCUGUUGCAUACAUAGGUUUAAAAAUAUUUUUAACUGUUUAAAAAUAUUUUUAAAUGAACGGGCAGUUUUCAGUGUUGUAUUAUGCAGUGCAGGUACAAGUAAAGACUGUCCCACAGACUUUGUGGAGAAAAGCUUUUGAUCCUUCAGUGUAUUCAUGGUGGACAUUUUAUAUACAUCACCUGAGUCGCGUGUCAAAAGUGGAAAUAAGAACAUUCAGCACCCCCAUAUAGGCUGAAUGGAAUGAUCCUUUGUUCCAUAACCACAUUUUCAGAUUUUUUCAGAAGACUGGCAGUCAAAUUGGCCUCCUUAGAUCGAAUUGUUGAUAGUCAACUAUACGGGGUCACCCCUACAAGAUAUACUGUAUGUAUACAUAUAUUCAAGACGUAUGCAAAUGUCAUGUCAUGCAACUGCUGAAUUAGGGUACUCACACUUUUUUUAGACCAAUUCAGGCACUGCUCUAGAACAUCCAUCUGUGAUGUUAUUUUUCUGAUUACUUUGCUGUUUACCUACGUGUAAGCUGUGAAGUAUAGUUUUAAUGUUAUGUAAAUGUACUGUCUUCAUUGUGGUUGUUAAAUGUAUAUAAGUUGACAGCUCAAAGGUGCAGAGGCUUCAUAUUAAACAAUUGUUAAAU